ACCUGAGCCGAAGGCAGACGCUUAACCAUCUGAGCCACCCAGGUGCCCCUAGUCCUGAUCAUUUGAUUAAUGUUGGGUUUGCUAAGUUUCUGCAUGGUUUUCCCCUUUCUGGACUCUUUGGAAUUGAGUUGCUAAGUCUAGCCCACUCACCAGGAGGACAGGGCAAUAAGCUCCACUUCCUGAAGACAGUAUCUAUGUGUAUUAUUUGGAAUGCUUCUGUGAGGCAUUUCUGUCUCUUCUCUUCAUUUUCUUAUUUAUUAAAUCAUUUAUUUACAUCAGUAUGGACUCACAGAUACAAUUUUAUGCUUUGGGUUAUCAUCUAACACUAUGUCAUUUCUUUUGUUGCUUAAAUUGUUCCAGAUUUGGCCACUGGGAGCUUCCUUCUAGAAUUUUCAUGGACUGUCUCAUCUUGUUUGUGCCAAUAAACCACUUUUCUAGAGUAGAAGGUUGAGUGUAACUCUUGAAGGAUUUUAAGGCGACGGAGUGCCUCCUCUGGUUGACCUCGCACUCUGGUCUGUAGAGCUCAAGCUCCCAGGGGACACGGGCGACACACUGUACAACUCCUCAGCUACUCACUGAUGUUUCUGGAUGGGCUAUUAAGUCCAAGCUCCUCUUGGGACCAGGUUCACUGAUGGAGGGGGGCGAGUCAGGGCCAAGGCUGGACCCACUGGGAGUCCAGAAGGUGCCCAGGAAUUUGCAGGGCUGAGAAGGAAGCAGGUGACAUGAUCCUACAUUGGAGCGUUAUUGGAGUCCUGAGACUUCCCUGGUAGGGCAUGCUUCAGGGCCCAAGGAUGGUGUCCACCCAUCCUUGGGGGCUCAAUCCAGAGACUGCAGCAGUUAAGGUGUUCAAGAGGCUCUAGUUGGGCCCAGCACCCCAUACUUAUCUCCAGGACUUAAACUUAGGCCCAGGAAAGGCUGGAUGAUCUUUUGUCAACCUGUAGUGGUAUAGACUUGUCCUUGACCCCUCCUGUGAUUGGGAGAGUACUGCACUUGGAGCCAGGAUAGGUUGGGGGUAAGGAGUAGCAGGAAACAGCGGUCACAGUUGGGGCUGGGACAACAGAGCAGUUGGCUCAGGGUGAAGUCACUUAGAAAUGUGAGCUCCAGUUGGUCUUUGGCGAAGGAAAACCACAUCCUCUCCAGAAGGCUUUCAGCCCAAGGGCUGAAGGAGCCACAUGUGCCAGGUCCCUGCCCACAAGCCUUUGGAGCUCCUAAAAGGGGUGUGGGCGAGACUCAGGGAGCUGGUAGUUUAAAAAGCAGCAGAAACGUUGCACUGAGCAGAACAUUCUGGUGGUUGGCACUAUGAAGGGGACACUGCUUGUGCUGGCCUUGCUGGUGACCCAAGAGCUGGGCAUCGAGAUGGUGAAAUCUUGCCCUAUUUUUUAUGUGAUCUUUGGUGCCGUGGCCAUUGGAGAGAAGUUAACGCUGGACGCCAGCCUUGAUCUGGUCAAUGCCACUGAACCAGAAAAAGCAGCCAUGGAAAAAAUCCAGGAUUGCUACAAUGAGAAGGGACUCAAAGCCAAGGCCUUGGAUCUGACUGUCAUGGCUACCAUCACCACCAGCAAGCAGUGCAUCUCUGAAGCUGUGGUCCCAUUGAAGAAUGUCGUGACCUCGUUGGGGAGAUGAAUCUUUGCCCCAGAUGCCUGAUCUGAGCUCUGUCCUCCUGCUCUGUUCUUCACACCUGAAGCUGGAAUCCCCAUACCUGUCCUCACCUCCUUCAGUCUCUAUCAGGCUGGCUGUAAUAAAAUAACUGCAGCUUA